AUGGUGGAGAGAUUCCACCGACAGCUCAAGGCCGCCAUCAAGUGCCACGAGAACAGCCGAUGGACCGAGGUGCUGCCGACCGUCCUGUUGGGAAUACGGGCAGCGUGGCAAGAAGAUCUACGAGCGACAGCUGCCGAGCUAGUGUACGGAGAGACGUUUCGACUUCCAGGACAAUUCCUGGAGCGGAGGCUGAUAAAUAGCGACGCCGUGGAUUUCGUCGGCAGACUGGGAAAGCGCCUGGGCGAGCUACGUCCGGUGGAAGGUACCAGGCACGGCGAACGACGGCCGUUCGUAUUCAAGGACUUGGCGACGGCCGAGUGCGUUUUUGUGAGGCGAAAUGGACCAAAGGCGAUGCUCCAAGCGCCAUAUGACGGGCCAUACGCCGUUAUCAGGCGAGGAGAGAAAACUUUCGUCGUGCGAGUGCACGACAAAGAGGUAACAUUCUCCAUCGACAGAUUAAAGCCUGCGUACAUUCUUGCAGGAGACAAACAGAGUGACGGCACGCCGAAUUCCACCGUCAUCGAGCCGAGACAAGACGAUUACGCGGGGAACAUCCCGAGCGCGGAAGACGACACGCCGGUCCCGCGUGAGCAAUCGGCCAGGGUAACCAGAUCCGGGAGAAGAGUACGAUUCCCGGACAGAUUCCAGGCAGGCCUAACUCGAUAA